CUCUGGUGAACCUUGUGGGGACCAUCAUUCAUUAUGAGUAUGCCAUACGGUAUUGUUGAAUGCAGCCAAAGCUGGAGUCAUCCAAUUCAUUCAUUUAGUCAUUAGCCUACAUGUAGCUAGCGAGAUUGAUUCCAAUUCCAGACUGGCUGUCACGUCACUCCGAGAUACUAAUAUACUACAGUACACGAUGCAGGGGGUUUAGACUAGGGAGGAUAUCUACGGAAGCCAUCGAGGGCCAGGCUCGGGCAAAGAAGUACAUGAUGCCGACAACACGAUGAUUUGGUACCACUACUAGCCUAGCUAGUAGUUAGCUAGUACCGGUACUGGCACUGGAGCCGCAACCCUGGAAAGUGGAAAGGAAGAUACUGAACAAGAACAUCAUGCUGUUCAACCGGUUAUGCUGGCUUCUAGCAUCUGGCAUUCUGAUGCUGCAACCAGCUGGCUGCUGAACCAAAGCGUCAUUGCGAAGUUCCGCAGAAUUCUGCCUUUGCCAUUGCCAUCGGCAUUUUUGAUGGAUACAGUACGAUGGAUACAAGCCACAUUCUGUUUUAGGUUGGAUUUGUUAUUACAACUAACUUUUGUAUUGAAACCAUGGUGUCUUCUUGCAGUAGACUGUGGAUCACUGUAUUCCUUUAUUUGGGUUUUUCUUUCCCUAUCCAAGCCUUCACAGUAACUGUCAAGCCCAGGCUUUCCUCUUCCCACCACCAUGUCCGUGGACGACAUCAUCUGUCACCUUUGUUUUCUGCCGCCAAUUCCACCCUGAUGGAAAAGUCGUCACUGUCGUUGGAACAAGUACAAAUUGAAGAGCAGCUCUUGUGGAUCUCGCAGAUGGAGGACGAUCAAGACCGUCGGGAACGAUUCGAGUUGUUCCUGACUGACAGCAUUGGUGCGGAAAAGAAACAAAUGUCCAAUGUUCCAUCAUCAUCAUUAUGGGAUCGAAAGACCAGUCCAUUUGUCCAAGAAGUGCAAGAACAAUUGAAAAUUUUGGGCACUGCUGUUCAGUCCCAAGCGUGGGACAAAUACGUCACAUCAGGCUUUGAAGCCCCCACCAACCAAAAAUCGCACUUGUGGGCGUGUGUGGAUAUGACCGUUCAGCUUCAGGUAGUUGUGAGGAAACUGGAGGAUGAUCUCAAGCCUUGAUUGUAUGGUGGAUUCCUUCAUGUUAGAACUCGACAAUCCAAAAGAAGCUUUGGCCAAGAGCCAAGUUGGGACGAUUUUUUUCUGUGAACUCGAAUGGCAAUCCAAUUUUCAAGCAAGGAAAACUACUAGAAAGACAAUAAUCAAAAUGUCCUCAUCAAUUCUC